AUGAUUGACUCUUUCGUUAACUUCAGUAUUUUAGACUGCGCUGAGGAGUGUUUGAGAACAACACGGUGUAAAUCCGUGAGUUAUUACAAAGGAACAAACUAUUGUGAAAUAAACUAUGAUAACAAAUCGUCAGUCACUGACAGAUUUUUGGAAAGUUCGGGGUGGAUCUACAGUGACAAGGAUGAUUGGGAUACUGGUAUUAUAUCUUCUUGUUCGGCAUCAAAGUGUUCCAUCGAUGAGAAAUGCAAACCCUUACCAAGGGGGAACUUUGAAUGUGUUUUAUCAGAAUGUAGGGAUGGAUGGAUUCCAUUUCAAGACCACUGGUACACGCCCCAUAACAACAGACAGAAUCAGGAAAGUGCCAAAAUGGAAUGUGGAAAAGAGAAUGCAUACUUGGUAGAAAUCAACUCAUCUGAAGAAAACUCCUGGAUCAAAGAUACCUUUCUUACACAGUUUGGUAAAAUAUUGGGCAUCCAUUUACAUAUUCAGUCAAACGUUGUUAUCUCGAACCCGAUAGCGUCGAAAGAAAAAGAUGAAGAUAUCUGUAGAUUUGAGAUAUUGAGGUAA